AUGGCCCCACGAAAUACUGUUGUCGUGGAUAACGGAGCUUCAACGAUAAAGAUCGGUAUCUCAGGAUACCCACAAGGCAAUAACUUGAGGAUUGUAUCAAACGCAAUCGUCCGUUCUAAGGGUGACAAACGGACAUACUUUGGCCAUGAAUUAGACCAAUGCACCGACCAUGCGUCUCUUCACUACCGUCUUCCUUUUGAAAAGGGAUAUAUUGUCGACUGGGAUGCUGAGAAAGCAAUUUGGGACGGUAUAUUUUCCGAGGAAAUCCUCCGUGUCGACCCACCGGAUUGCAGUCUUUUGAUCACAGAGCCGUACUUCAACCUUCCUAGCAUACAAGAAGUAUACGACCAGUUUGUUUUCGAAGAGUACGAGUUCCAGGCAUACCAUCGAUGCACUCGCAAGUUUCUUGCUUCGGCUUCUCUCGUACCUCAUGGACAGCUGUUCUCCAAGACAGGUCUGCACUCACCCGAGUGCAUGCUCAUCGUUGACUCCGGUUUCAGCUUUACACACGUUAUCCCUAUCAUCAAUCAUUCCAUUCAAUGGAAUGCCGUGAAGAGAAUUGAUGUCGGAGGAAAACUUCUGACAAAUCACCUAAAGGAACUUGUCUCUUUCAGGCAGUGGAACAUGAUGGACGAGACAUACGUGAUGAACGAAGUCAAGGAGACAUGCUGUUAUGUCUCCCGAGAGUUUGGUGUGGACCUCGAGACUUGUCGGUCCAAUUCGAAGAAGAACACUAUUAUCCAAGAAUAUGUGCUCCCAGAUUUCAGCAGUAAUAGACGGGGGCACGUAAGGAACGAAACUGUAAUUCCCGCUGAGGGCGAACAAGUCCUACGCAUGGGAAGCGAACGGUUCUCGGUGCCUGAGAUCCUAUUUCGCCCCGACGACAUCGGUCUACCACAAUCCGGAAUCUCUGCCACCGUGGCGGACUCCAUCGCUCUAUUACCGCCAGAUCUUCACGGCCUCUUUUGGGCGAACAUUGGCCUCAUCGGUGGAAACACAAAGUUUCCUGGGUUCCCUCAGAGGCUGCUCGACGAACUCCGUUCACUCGCUCCCGUGGACUGUGAAGUUACGAUAUACCCUUCUAGCGAACCAGCGCUGGAAGCAUACCACUCGGCCCUCGCAUUUGUACAGCAUCCCCAUUUUCCCAACCAAUGCGUAACUCGGGAAGAAUACCUCGAAAGUGGAAGUAACGCAUGUCGCAGGAAGUUCAAGGAUUGGCAAGAUGUCGCCGGCGGCGGCUCCGGAGGCGGUUCGGGGCCUGGGAUUAGAACGAGCGCAAGUUCGAACGCAGUCAGAGAGACUGGGAAGACGAAGGGAAAGGGGCGCCCUAGGGACGAAGACUCUGAUGACGGGGAAGACUCUCCGCCUUCCGUACCUGCAAAGACGAUUAGGACGAGGACGAGGACAGUUUCUGCGGUAAAACGGAGAUAGCGAGUGUUGGUGGUGCAAGAUGUCAGUAUUCUCCAGGAUCGAGUACGUUGACCGGUGGCGCUUUUUCCACGAUUAAGCUUAGAAUUUGUUUUUGAUUCCGGGGGUACUUUGUGCAUCGAAGUGUGAGGUCCUUCCCGUCAAGGUUAGGGAAAAGAGUGGCGGAGUGGCGUACUUCGUAGAUCAAAGGAAUGCUAUGUAUCCCCAAGGGAGGUACUGUAGUUUUUCGACCAUAUGUUCGUCACGCAUCACGCAGGGUGCGCCGGCG